UGGAGCACAGAGCGGCCUGCGGGAAGGGUUUGGGGGUGGCGCAGGUUCAGGUGAUGGGGGAGCAGCUGGUGUGGGGCCACAGGAGAGGAUGUAGAGCUUAGGGGUGCUGGAAGCCCCCUGCAUCCCCCAUUGGGUUGCCCCACACCUCACCCACUCGAGAGCAGGACCUUGGGCACGCAGCCCAGUGAGGGGAGUUCCUGGUGGGCACACUGCGAGGCUGUGGUGCUGGCAUGAGGAUUGAGAAGGUGGCAAAUGCUGCAGCAGAGGCAUCCAGCAAGGUGCAGCAAGUGCGGGCAGACUGCAGCCGCCCCUGGCUCUGCCCCAAGCAGCUGAAGCUGGCCAAGCUGCAGGUGGAGAAGGCUAUCAAGGAGAAGAAGAUCUUCAUGGUGCAGGGCCGCUACCCUGUGAUCCGCCGCCUGCUACGCGCACGGGGCUGGGUGGAGAGAAAGGCACCCCGCAGGGUGCAGCAGCAGGAGGCAGGUGGUGGCAAUGCCAAGCUCAGCACAGAACAGCAUGGGGUGCAGCCGUCCCUGGAGUCCCUGUGCUCCAUGUGGCUGCCCAACGAGGAGGAGGAGGAAGAGGAGGAGGAGAAGGAAGAACAGAUGAACAAGGACGACCCUGAUGGCAUCCAUGAGCUCAUGUCCCGCAUGGUGCAGGACCAGGUGCCCUACUUCAUCUGGAGCAGCCGCUGCAGUGCUGCAGAGAGAUGCGUCCUGCGGCCGGACCAGAUGGUGAACCACUAUGCCCGAGGCGGCUGCCUCACCACCAAGGAGGGGCUGUGCCUCACCCUGCGCAACCUGCCCUGGUUCGACCAAGCCGAUCCUGACACCUUCUUCCCUCGCUGCUACCGGCUGGGCGCUGCGGAUGAGCGCCAGGCCUUCAUUGAGGAUUUCCGCCUCACUGCCGCGCGCAGCCUGCUCAAAGUGGCCCUGGAAAGGGCUGAGGCUGAGCAUACAGUGCUGGACCCAUCCCCAAAACCCAGUGAUGCUCCAGCAGAGGGGCCGGCCCCCCUACUGCCCCCACAGCUGGUGGAGGAGGCGCUGCGGGUGUGCAGGGGGCACCUGGACAGCAUGGCCCACCAAGACAUCGAUGGGGACAUGCAGCCCCACAGCCCCGGCUGGGACAGCUUCCUGCAGGGCUACUACCGCGUGGUGCACGAGGGGACCGUGCUGCAGCUGAGCAUGGCACAGCAGGAACGGGGCCGCAGCCUGCUCCAGGGCCUGGCGGGGCAGCUGCCCCAGCUGCACAUGGAGGGCGAGCGCAACGUCUGGAUCCUCAAACCCGGGGCUGCAUCCCGGGGCAGAGGCAUCGUGUGUGCGGCACGGCUGGACCAGCUGCUGCAGCUGGCGGGCAGCAUGGGGCGGGAGGGCCGCUGGGUGGUGCAGAAAUAUGUGGAGCGGCCGCUGCUCAUCUUUGGCACCAAGUUCGACGUGCGGCAGUGGUUCCUGGUGACCGACUGGAACCCGCUGACCAUCUGGUUCUACCGCGAGUGCUACCUGCGCUUCUGCUCGCAGCCAUUCUCCCUGCACUGCUUGGAUGCGGCCGUCCACCUCUGCAACCAAGCAGUGCAGCGGCACUGCCGCCAGGGGUUAUCCCGACACCCACAGCUGCCAGCAGACAACACGUGGUCGUGCCGCCAGCUGCAGGCCUACCUGGCACAGCAGGGCCAAGCCGGUGCCUGGGCAGAGGUGAUGGUGCCGGGCAUGAAAGCGGCGGUGGUGCGGGCGGUGCGGUGCUCGCAGGGUUUGGUGCGGGGCCGUAAGGGCAGCUUUGAGCUCUAUGGGGCCGAUUUCAUUUUCGGUGAGGAUUUCCAUCCCUGGCUGCUGGAGAUCAACGCCAGCCCCACCAUGGCGGGCAACACGGCAGUGACGGGCCGGCUGUGCGCCGGGGUGCAGCGCGACACACUGAGAGUUGUCAUCGACCGCCGGGAUGACCCCGAGUGCCCCACAGGAGCCUUUGAGCUCAUCUAUAAGCAGGCAGCCGUGCCCACCGUGCACUACGUGGGGCUGAAGCUGGAGGUGGAAGGCAGCUCCCUGCGCAGACCACGCCGCGCUCGUUGCUCCCUGGCUGCAGCAGGAAAAGCAGAGGACAGGGCCCCCCCGUAUGCUGCGGAGAUGCGGCCCAGGCAGCCCCCAGGGGUUCUGCCCCGGCUCAGAGGGCUGAGUGGCCGUCCCCGUGUGCCCAUCCAGGGAGCUCUCCCCCACCUUGGCCCCCUGCCCCUGCUGCAGGGCACUCGGCCCCAUGGCACGGAGGAGGGAUGGAGGGCUCAGGGGGGGACAAAGAGGAGUGGUGAUGGCCCACUAUGCCCCCACCCCUCUUGGCAGAAAUAAAUCUGUGAGUGGGAGUGAGCUGUGAGCCUUCAUACUGGGGAGGCUGUGGGAGGGACAUGUUGUCAGCCCCCCCAACCUGAAGCAAUAGGGCUGUGAGCAGGAGCUGGGGCUGCCAGAGACUCCCCCGACAUCCGCUCCAGAUGGGAACUGGGUCGUGGGGAGGGA